AUGGGCAACAAGCAGACUGUGUUCACCCACGAGCAGCUGGAGGAAUACCAGGACUGCACUUUCUUCACAAGGAAGGAGAUCAUGAGGCUCUUCUAUCGCUACCAGGACCUGGCCCCCCAGUUGGUGCCGCUGGACUACACCACCUGUCCGGAGGUGAAAGUUCCCUACGAGCUGAUCAGCAGUAUGCCAGAGCUGAAGGAUAACCCUUUUCGCCAGAGGAUUGCACAGGUCUUCUCUCAAGAUGGGGACGGCCACAUGACCUUAGAGAACUUCCUGGAUAUGUUCUCAGUGAUGAGUGAGAUGGCUCCUCGAGACCUGAAGGCCUACUAUGCUUUUAAGAUUUAUGACUUCAACAACGAUGACUACAUCUGUGCCUGGGACCUGGAGCAGACGGUGACCAGACUGACCCGUGGCGAGCUGAGUGCCGAGGAGGUGACCCUGGUCUGUGAGAAGGUGCUGGACGAAGCCGACAGCGACCACGACGGGCGGCUGUCCCUGGAGGACUUCCAAAACAUGAUCCUGCGGGCACCAGACUUCCUCAGCACCUUCCACAUCCGCAUCUGACAGCGCUCAGAGGACGUGGCCUGGCCCGCACCCGUCUCCACUCAGACCUCUCUGAAUGAACAGCAGUCAGGCCUGCCUCAGGACCUUUGCUCUUUGCCGUGUGGCCACACCCAUGGAUUGCCAUCUUCCAUUCGUAUAACAAACCGACUUCUAGACCUCCAGGUUAGCGAAUGGAAGAAGUCCAAUGCCACUCCAUAGUUCCUUUCCCGAGGCCAACUUGAGCCCAGGAGGCCUCAUUUUUCACUCACAUCUUCAUGUUUCAUGGAUUCCAGGAGCCCAAGGUUGUCCCAGGGCCUUUGGGGAGGGCUCCCUCCUGCCCA